GCUGACACAGAAGAUGUGCAGAGCAGCACGGGCUUUACUGGCAAGCCAGUCAAAGGAAAAUGAGCUGAGGAGAAACUUUGAGGAAAUGAAGAAGGAAAAAAACCACCUGUGCCGCCAGUCUGAUGAAAAAUCAGAAAAAAUCCAUCAGCUGGAAGAAGCACUAAAAAUAACCCAACACCUUCUGAAGGAGACCCAGAAGAAUUCUGAAGAGAUGAAAAAAUUAAGCUUUAGAGUUCAAGAACUGGAACAUCUGCUACAAGAUCAAGAAAAAGAAAAGAAAUUCCAUAUGAACAAACUUCAAGAAAUUCAACUCCAGCUGGAGAAAACAAAAUUGGAAUGCACAGAAAAAAGAUUCUGUUUUGCACAAAAUUAGAGAUGAAUUGAAUAGAAUGACAGCACAACAUGAUCAAGGUACUGCCCAGACUGAAAUGAUGGAGGAAAACAUGAAAAGAUUACUGAAAUGGCAAAGCGAAGUUGAAAUUAAUCGUCGCUCCUUAGAAGAGAAAAGAAAAGAACGGGAAAAGGAAGUAUUACGUCAGCUCCGUGCCUUAGAGACAGUGGCUCAGCAGGCCAAGGAGAUCAUACUGAACCAGGACUUGCAGCAAGCCAAG